AUGACUGCCGAGAGCUGCUUGCCGCCGGGCCCCCCGCUGCCACCUCCGCCGCUGAAGGUGGACGCGGCACCGCCGGGGGAGGAGGCUGCGGUGGUGGCGGCGGCGGCGGGGACACGGGGAGGGCGGCGACGGCGCAAACGUCCGGCGGAGCGAGGCAAACCUCCUUACAGCUACAUCGCCCUCAUCGCUAUGGCCAUCGGGCAGGCACCCGAGCGGCGGCUGACGUUAGGCGGCAUCUACCGCUUCAUUACCGAGCGCUUCCCCUUUUAUCGCGACAGUCCCCGCAAGUGGCAGAACAGCAUCCGACACAACCUCACCCUCAACGACUGCUUCGUCAAGGUGCCGCGGGAGCCGGGACGUCCCGGCAAGGGUAACUACUGGACGCUGGAUCCCCAUGCCCGCGAUAUGUUCGAGAGCGGUUCAUUCCUCCGCCGGAGGAAACGCUUCAAGCGCAGCGACCUCUCCACCUACCCGGCUUUCCUCGCCGAGCGUCCCGCCGCUCCCUGCCGCCUCUUUCCGCUGCCCGCACCGCCUCCCAACGCCGACCUGACCCCGGCCCCCGCCGCCGCCUCCUGCGCCUUCGCCGCCGCUACCUUUCCCGCUCAGGGCUGCGCUGCUGCUGCCCUGCCGCACGCCUACACCCCGCUUCCCACCGGACCCGGGCCCUACGCCCCAGUCGGCGCCGGUCAGCUGUACGCGCCGUCGGGGCGUAUAGUGCUUCCCGCAUCGCCUCCCGUUCCCGCCGGGCUCUACGGCCGCAGCUCUCCCACGCCCUACCCGCCGCUGCCCCACUCCUACGGCACCAGCGGGCAGCUGGGGCCCUCCGAGUCGGGACCGCGGCACGGCUUCUACCACGGUGGACCAGACAGAUUUGUCUCGGCGCUUUAACUCCUUUUAGCCCGACGGCGCGGACCGGAGCCCGGGAGAGGGGAUGGUUGCUGGGACCGACUGGCGCUGCUGAACCCGCAGUCAUCAAGGAAUAUACUGGAACACCCUGGGCUGUGCCUCUGCAUCGUGUCACCUGCCCAGGCUUCCCAGUGAGCAGCUCUGCUGCCAGCCUUAGGGGUGGGGGUCCUGCCCAGCCCCAUCUUCUCCCACCAGUGAAUUUCCAGGGGCCUCCAAGUGCCUUGAGGGAAACAACCCUUUCCUCUUCCUCUGCCUUGC